AGUUGUCCUCUGUCCCACGCUAGUUCCGCGUCUCCUCGGUGCAGUACCUCCGCCUGGCCUUGCGAUCCUCCCGUGUCUGGGCCCAAUCUGUGCGGGCUCCGCCGCCGCGAUGGGCAAAACUGCCGACUCUUGGAGUCCAGAAGCCCGGCCCGAUCCGGUGAGGAGCUUCAAUCGUUGGAAGAAGAAGCACAGCCAUAAACAGAGCCAAAAGAAGCAGUUGAGGAAGCAGCUGAAGAAGCCCGAGUGGCAGGUCGAGCGCGAGGUUAUCAGCCGCCUACUGCAGAACUACGAGAAGAUAAAUGUAAAUGAAAUUACAAGAUUCUCAGAUUUCCCCUUGUCCAAAAAAACAUUGAAAGGUUUGCAAGAAGCCCAGUACCGUUUGGUGACUGAGAUACAGAAACAGACCAUUGGGUUGGCUUUGCAAGGUAAAGAUGUUCUUGGAGCUGCCAAAACUGGAUCUGGCAAGACUUUGGCUUUCCUUGUACCAGUGCUGGAAGCCUUAUAUCGUCUGCAGUGGACCUCAGAUGAUGGGCUGGGAGUUUUGAUUAUAUCACCUACAAGAGAACUGGCCUAUCAGACCUUUGAGGUUCUCCGAAAAGUAGGAAAGAAUCACGACUUUUCGGCUGGUCUUAUCAUUGGUGGAAAGGAUCUGAAACAUGAAGCUGAGAGGAUCAAUAACAUAAAUAUACUUGUCUGUACACCGGGUCGUCUUCUUCAACACAUGGAUGAGACAAUAUGUUUUCAUGCUACCAAUCUCCAAAUGUUAGUUCUUGAUGAAGCAGAUAGAAUCUUGGAUAUGGGCUUUGCUGAUACCAUGAAUGCUAUUAUUGAAAAUCUUCCCAAGAAACGUCAGACUUUGCUUUUCUCAGCUACACAAACCAAAUCUGUAAAGGACCUUGCACGCUUGAGUUUGAAAAAACCUGAGUAUGUCUGGGUUCAUGAAAAAGCAAAAUACAGCACCCCUGCCACUUUGGAACAGAACUACAUAGUUUGUGAGCUACCACAAAAAAUAAGUGUCCUGUAUUCCUUUUUGAGAAGCCACCUGAAGAAGAAAAGUAUUAUAUUUUUCUCCAGUUGUAAAGAGGUUCAGUAUCUGUACCGAGUGUUCUGCCGGCUACGUCCUGGUAUUUCUAUCCUUGCCCUGCAUGGUCGACAGCACCAGAUGAGAAGAAUGGAAGUUUAUAAUGAGUUUGUCUGCAAGAGGGCUGCAGUACUCUUUGCUACUGAUAUUGCAGCCAGGGGACUGGAUUUCCCAGCUGUGAAUUGGGUUCUUCAGUUUGAUUGUCCAGAGGAUGCCAACACAUAUAUUCACAGAGCAGGUAGAACUGCUAGGUACAAAGAGGAUGGUGAAGCUUUACUGAUUUUGCUUCCCUCAGAAGAAAAAGGGAUGGUGCAGCAGCUUCUUCAGAAGAAAGUGCCUGUGAAAGAAAUCAGAAUCAAUCCAGAAAAACUUACAGAUAUCCAGAAAAAAUUAGAAUCGUUUUUAGCUCAAGAUCAAGAUUUAAAAGAAAGAGCUCAAAGGUGUUUUGUCUCUUACAUACGUUCAGUAUAUCUGAUGAAGGAUAAAGAAGUAUUUGAUGUGAGCAAGUUACCUAUACCUGAAUAUGCCCUGUCUCUUGGUCUUGCUGUGGCACCACGCAUAAGAUUUCUUCAGAAAAUUCAGAAACAACCCACCAAAGAACUGGUAGUGAGUCAGGUUCAUAAAGUCAUUGAGCCAAGAGCUCCCUCUCUCACCAGUGAUGAAGUGGAACAGUUUAGAGCCUACUUCAAUGAGAAAAUGUCCAUCCUUCAGAGAGGUGGGAAGAGCACAGAAAGGGCAGAGUACAACCUGGCCAAUGGUGUUAGUGACGAAGAGGAAGAGGAGAAAGAUGAAGAAGAAGCGGAAGAGAAACUGGGAAAAGCCAGAGGGUCUCAGCCUCAGUCUGUCCCUAGCGCCGGUGAAUCACAGUACAAAGAAGUUCCUAUUCAGUUCUUGGGUGGGGAGGAGGAAGAGGAGGAAGAUGGACUUGAUGCUGAUUUCUUUAAGGUGAAGCGGCACAAUGUGUUUGGGUUGGACCUUAAAGAGAACCAAGCAUUACAGAGGCAUGGGGCAUGGCAUGGAGCAAAUAAUGCAUAUUUUCCUGGCCAGCAAAACCAAAUAGUCAACAGCUUAGACAAUUCCAGUGAACUAAUGGACUUUCCUAAGAAGAAAGAACCUUCUAAAUCCAUUGUCAAGAAAAAAGUGACCAAGGUUGCGGAAGCAAAAAAAGUAAUGAAGAGAAAUUUUAAAGCGAAUAAGAAAAUAACAUUUACUGAUGAAGGGGAGUUAGUUCAGCAGUGGCCACAAAUGCAGAAAUUUGUCUCAAAGGAUACUGAGGAAGAGGAUGACACUGGUGGUAUCAACUUAGAUAAAGCAAAAGAAAGACUUCAAGAAGAGGACAAAUUUGACAAAGAAGAAUAUAGGAAGAAAAUUAAGGCAAAGCAUCGGGAGAGAAGACUGAAAGAAAGGGAAGCCAGAAGAGAAGCCAAUAAGAAAGAAGCAAAGGCCAAAGAUGAGGAGGAAGCUUUUCUGGAUUGGAGUGAUGACGACGGUGGUGGUGGGUUUGAUCCAAGCACACUUCCAGAUCCUGAUAAGUACAGGAGCUCUGAAGAUUCAGACAGUGAAGAUACGGAAAAUAAAACUAGUGAUACCAAGAAGAAGCAGGGAAUGAGGAAAAGGAACAACAGUGAAGUGGAAGACGUGGGACCCACAAGUCGUAAUAGAAAGAAGGUCAAGUGGGAAACCGUAGAGCCUUUGGAUACAGGCCUGUCCUUAGCGGAGGAUGAACAGCUGGUGUUGCAUCUGCUCAGAAGUCAGAGUUAAACACUCUUGUCUUCUCCUUGAAGCUUCUGGUCAUGAUGUGCAGAUGAGAAGUUGAAGAGACAAUUGGCUUUGGAGCACUUAGGUAACAUGAGUCCCAUGCCCAAAGGACUUACUCUCCAGACAGAAGCGGCCAUAUCUCUAAGCCCUUUUUAUAGGACCUGCCUGUGCCAUCCCAGAGGGAACUCACAGUGAGGGUGAAUUAUUAAAUUUCCUGAUCCCGUUGUCCAGCAUGUGCUCUGUUAGAUUUUAUCCAUGGGUUCCUACAUCUUGUCAUUGGAAAUGCUUCCUUUGUUUUACCUGCAAGUUCUAGAGACCUUGUUUCAUUGUGAAAAAUGCCCAUCUUGCAUACUGUACAGAAGUUUCUAUUAUUGUUAAAAUUGCUUCUGAUCUUGAUGUAUUUAAUAUUUCUAAAGAGACACAGUAUGACCCAGCCCUGAGAAAGAAUAUUUUUGAAUUGCAACUAUCAAUAAUAAACAUAUUUCCUAUAACAUAAA